AUGGUGCACACACAGAAGCCAACACCUUCAGGUUUCCAAAGAAAUGAGUAUGCUGAGGCCCAGCUUCAAGAGAUUAUCAAAAAAAUGCGGGAAAGGUCAAAUAUCUAUAAGGAAAAGCUGAACGACCCAGUGCUGUCUUCACCUGAAGGCAGUCCUACAAAAGAGGAGGCAGAAGCAAAGCCAGAGGAGGAUCAUUACUGCGAUAUGUUGUGCUGUAAAUUCAAAAAACCCCCGCUGAAAAAAUACAUGGAACAUCUGCAGCUACCAGAGACCAUAGACUCAUACACAGAUCGCCGUUACGUAGGGUGGCUCAUGCUUGUGACAAUCGCCUACAACUGGAAUUGCUGGUUUAUUCCCCUUCGCUAUGUGUUCCCAUAUCAAACCCCAAGUAACACAAUAUAUUGGUUUGCCAUUGAUGUCAUUUGUGAUAUUUGCUACCUCUGUGACUUACUGAUUUUCCAGCCCCGAGUGCGAUUUAUAAGAGGGGGAGACAUAAUAAUAGACAAAGUGGAAACGAAAAAAUUCUACCACAGCACUGUGAAAUUUCGGCUUGAUGUGAUAUCAGUAUUGCCAUUUGACAUUUUGUACUUCUUCUUUGGAUUUAAUCCAGCACUUAGAGUAAACAGGAUGCUAAAGCAUAACACAUUCUUUGAGUUUAAUGAUCGUUUGGAAGCUAUUAUGGAAAAAGCAUACAUCUACAGGGUCAUUCGAACAACUGGAUACUUGCUGUUUAUCUUACACAUUAAUGCAUGCCUGUAUUAUUGGGCUUCAGACUAUGAAGGACUUGGCAGCACUAGAUGGGUGUACGAUGGUGAAGGAAACAUGUAUCUGAGGUGUUACUACUGGGCGGUUCGCAGUUUAAUCACCAUCGGUGGCCUUGCAGAACCACAAACGCUGUUUGAGAUAGUUUUUCAACUGCUGAAUUAUUUCAUGGGUGUCUUUGUCUUCUCCAGCUUAAUUGGUCAGAUGAGAGAUGUAAUUGGAGCAGCAACAGCAGGUCAGAACUACUUUCGUUCCUGUGUGGAUAACACUGUGUCCUAUAUGAACACUUAUUCUAUUCCAAGAUUGGUCCAAAAUCGUGUUCGAACUUGGUAUGAAUACACAUGGGACUCUCAGGGAAUGCUGGAUGAAUCAGAAUUACUGGAACAGAUGCCAACAAGAAUGCAAUUAGCCAUCGCAAUUGAUGUGAACUUUGCCAUUGUCAAUAAAGUGGACUUAUUCAAAGGCUGUGAUACCCAGAUGAUAUAUGACAUGCUGCUAAGGUUGAAAUCCAUUGUGUAUUUACCUGGUGACUUUGUCUGCAAAAAGGGAGAGAUUGGCAGAGAGAUGUACAUCAUCAAACAGGGUGAAGUUCAAGUCCUUGGAGGUCCUGAUGGUACAAAAGUCCUGGUUACACUAAGAGCAGGAGCUGUAUUUGGGGAGAUCAGCCUACUAGCUGCAGGUGGAGGAAAUCGAAGGACUGCCAAUGUGGUGGCUCAUGGUUUUGCCAACCUUUUCAUUUUGGACAAGAAAACACUAAAUGAAAUCUUGAGGCACUACCCUGACUCAGAAAAGCUUCUCAUGAAGAAAGCAAAGGUGCUGCUGAAACAGAAGGGGAAACCUCCUCCAGGACCACCAGUACAACAACCACGAGGCUUGGCCAGUCUCUUCGGGCAGAAACAGGAAACUCCAAAAUUGUUUAAAGCGAUGCUUGGAGCCAGAGGAAAAGAUGGCCUUGCUAAGCUGCUGCAGCUGAAGAGACAACAAGACGCUGAGGAAGCUAAAGCUGAAGCAGAGACUAAGCCUAAAGAAGAGGAGAAGAUGUCUGAGAAGCCCGCAGCCUCCUCUGUACCCCCUGCUCCAAAGAGCGAGCCAAAGGCAGAUGCUAAGCCUGCAGUUAUGCAGAGAGCAACCAGUAAGGAGUCUCUGAUCAUCAGUAUGUCACCAUCCCCCAGAGCAGGAGAAGGAGAGAUCCUUAAAGUUGAAAUUAAAGAAUCACAAAAGAAAUAG